UAUGCAUUGUAAUUCUUAUUUAACAGGUGAUUUAGAUACUUCAAUCUCUUAUCCAAACCAGACAGAUUCAAUCAAUGAGUAACCCUGUUCUCAAAUGCAUUCUAAACCGAGAGCCAAGCAUCAUUGCGUAAGCGGGGUUGGUCCGAGGAAACACAUCUGGAUGCCUUCCUCACCCCACUUGAAGAUGCCAGGUACGUUUAGGGGGAUUGACUCCAAGUUUUGCUCUCCUACAAAGACCAUCCAAUCUUCAAGGUGAUUAUUGAACCUUUGGCUUGUUUUUCCCUGGAGUUUUAGCCAUAUUUAGUGCUCGAUACAGCACUGCCCAGAGAGAGACUUAACUUCAAUUACUAGUAUUAUCACAAAAUCAUGGAGGCCAAAACCCUACUUAAUCUGCGAGAAAUCCAUGAUUCCUUGAUUGAGAUAGCCCACAAGGCGGGCGAAAUUAUCACGACUGCUCUUCCAGCAGUAAGCAGUACCGGGUCGAAAAAGAACAGUGCGGACCUUGUCACAGAAUAUGACCGUGCCGUGGAAAACAUGAUCUCAACUACACUCAAGACCAAAUAUCCGCAAUACAAAUUCCAUGGAGAGGAGACCUAUGAUCCAGCACAGCCAUUGACAGAUGAGCCAACCUUCAUCGUCGAUCCAAUUGACGGAACCACAAAUUUUGUACAUGGUUUUCCCUGUGCCUGCAUAUCUCUUGGUUUUGCUAUUGAUCGCAAGCCUGUUGUCGGAGUAGUGUUCAAUCCAUUCACCAAAACACUAUACUCCGGAAUUCUUGGCCAGGGUGCAUAUCUGAACCAGGAGACCAAGCUCCCCCUCAAGGCCGAAAACCUGGAGCCACUGCACGGCCUUGACAACGCUCUGAUAGGCGUUGAAUGGGGUUCGGACCGCAGUGGUCCAAACUUUGAGACCAAAGUCCGCACAUUUGAGAAACUUGGCCGAGCAAAGGAGGAAGGCGGAGCGAUGGUUCAUUCUAUGCGAAGCAUGGGAUCAGCUGCACUCAACCUGUGUGCUGUUGCGGCCGGAACUCUAGAUCUCUACUGGGAGGGGGGUUGCUGGGAGUGGGAUGUUUGUGCUGGCUGGGUGAUCUUGAAAGAAGCGGGUGGCAUUAUCGCUGAUGGAAACCCUGGAAACUGGGAGCCGAGUAUAGAUGGUCGGAAAUACCUUGCUGUUAGAGCUUCCCCAGGUGGCGUUGGCCAGAAGGAGAUUGUUGAAGAGUUUUGGAGCUGUAUACAAGGUCGGCUCGAUUACUGAUCUCUCAUAUUGUCGAAUAGUUACAUGGCAGC